ACCAUUUAGCCACAACAAUUUAGUGAGUAAAACCCUAAUUUUUUUUCCCUAUAACACAUAUUUUAGAGCUAUGGCUUUCAGGCAAAGAACACCAACGUUUCGUCCUAACCUUUCUAUUCGACGCGUCUAUGAAACUUUUCAGCCACGUUCAGAGAUAAAAGAUCUCCCAGAAGCUUAUCUUCUACGUCUUUAUCUUCCUGGUUUUCAGAGGGACAGCGUAAAGGUAACCUAUGUGGCCUCUUCACGAACGGUGAGAACUACAGGAGAAAGACAAAUUCAAGGCACGAGAUGGUACCGAUUUGACCAAUCCUAUCCCAUUCCUGAUUACUGUGAACCAGAGGCACUUCAAGCAAAGUUUGAAACUCCAGUUCUCACCCUUACAAUGCCAAAGAAACCCACUUCACAAGAUGAAAAACUCCAAGAUUCUACCACUACACCACAACCUACAACAAAAGUGGAAGAACCAAUUCAAGGGAACAAAACUGUUCCACCAUCUUCACAACCAAUUAAGGAUCAUGGUGAGCCUCAGAUGGGUGAGAAGGAGUUGGAGGCAAAAUCAAGCACAACCACAAUGCAAGGAGAUGAAAAGAUUCAAAAGGGUCAAGAGGGAUUUGAACCAAGACCAACACCAACAAGGAGAGCCACAAUGGAAAGAGAUGAAAAGAUUCAAAAGGGUCAAGAGAUUGAAUCAGAACCAACACCAACUGUGCCAACCAAAAUGGAAACAGAUGAAAAGCCUCAAAAGGGUCAAGAGGAAUUUGAACCAAGAGCAGCACCAGCAAUGCUAACCAAAGCCAAAACUGCUGAAACGUACCAGAAGGGUCAAGAGGAUUUUGAGCCAAAACCAACACCAACAAUGCUAAACAAGGUCAAAACAGCUGAAAAACUUCAAAACGGUGAAGAGGAAUUUGAACCUAAAGCAGCACCAACAGUGGAACCAAUCAGCAAAACAGAUGCACAACCUCCAAAGGGUCAAGAGGAAGAUGAUAUAACAAAUGUUACCAGAAAGCAAACAGUUAAAGAGCAAUUGAAGGAAAAGAAGACAGAGGAAACAAGAGGUGAAGAUUCAGAGAAGACAAGUUAUGAAGAUGCAGAGGGAACAACUGAUGAAGAUGAAGAGAAGGAAAGGAUCACAAAAAGGGGAGUUCAAGAGAAACCUUCUAAAUCAAGAAUGUCUGUGAAAGAUAAGGAGCAGAGUGAUUUUGGACAGAAAGAAACCGUGACAGAAAAAUUGUUUGCCAAGGAAGAAGAAACUUCUGCUCCAAAAAUUCAUAAGGGAAAGGAAAAGCAAUCCAACAACAGAAGUUCUCUUAAAAAGGAACUGAAGAGUGAAGAGAAUUCAAUGGAAAAGGUUGGUUCUGUCACCCAAGUUUUCACAAAAUUUGCAGAAGGGGCAUUGAAUGAGGAAGAGAAAAAAUUAGCAGCAAAUAUUGGUGCUGCAGUUCUUGUCAUUGCUGCAUUGGGAUAUUACGUAUCUUAUAGGUUUGCCUCUUGAGGGAUAACCAAAAAUAUGUUUUACUCAAUGAAUCUUUUCUCACACUUGUACAUGAAUGAUGAACUGUAACUAAAAUAAAAGGUGAAUACCUUCUCUGAUA